CCGGGACUGGGGUAUCUCAGGCCUCUCAGUGAGUGGAGCUGGAGGCAGGAGCAUCUGGGAAACAGGCCUCCCUCUGGAAUUCGGAGUUGAGCUGUUGUGUAACUCACUGGCUCCUGGGAUCUAGAAGACAAGAGUGAAAACUACAAAGGGGCAUCCAGGAGUUCCACACUCCAAAAGGACAGAUUCUGCUACGCACCAUGUGGUUGGCCCUGCUGCUAUCGUUGUUGCCCACGGCGCGGGCUCUGAGCCUGGCGGGGCCUCUCCACCAGAGGGUCCUUCUUUUCCGGCUCACUCAGCAGGGCCCCUCUGAAAGCGGGGCCAGUAACACCACGGAUUCGCCCUGCGAGGGGCUCUUCCCCACAGGGGCCACGACCUUGACCCUGGCGAACCGCAGCCUGGCACGCCUGCCGAGCUGCCUGCCCAGCUCACUGCGCAGCCUGAACGGCAGCCACAAUCUGCUGAGCGUCCUGAGCGCGUCGGAGCUCGGCCACCUGCCGCAGCUGCAGGUGCUGACGCUGCACCACAACCGCAUUGGCACACUGCUCUGGGGCCCCGGCUGGCCCACGGGUCUGCACACGCUAGACCUCGGCUACAACAAGCUGGCCGCCCUGCCACCGUGCGCUGGGCCCGCUCUGAGCAGCCUUCGCACGCUCGAGCUCUCCGGGAACCCCCUGCAGUCGCUGCCGCCCCGGGCCUUCGCCUGCUUCCCGGAGUUGCGUCUCCUCAACCUCUCCCGCACCGCGCUGGGCAGCGGCGCCCAGAUGGACAUCGCGGACACCGCCUUCGCGCCCCUAGCCACCCUGGAGGUCCUGGACCUCAGCGGCACGCUCCUCAAGCAGGUGCAGUCAGGGUGGAUCAGAGACCUGCCCAAGCUCACGUCCCUCUACCUAAAGAACAUGCCCAGGCUGAGGAGCCUGGAGGGGGACAUUUUCAAGAUGACCCCUGACCUGCAACAGCUGGAUUGUCAAGAUUCCCCAGCACUUACCUCUGUCCAGACACACAUCUUUCAAGACACUCCUCACCUACAGCUCCUUCUGCUCCAGAACUGCAACUUGAGUUCCUUCCCUCCUUGGACCCUCCAUUCCUCCCAGGUCCUAUCCAUCAACCUCUUUGGCAACCCCCUCACUUGCAGCUGUGAGUUGUCAUGGCUCCUUGUGAAUGCAAAGAAGAUAGUCCUAAGCAGGGCAGCUGACACUCUGUGCGCACCAGCUGCAGGAUCCCUGGGGGCCUUCUCAGCUCCUCUCCCGCUGUCCCAGCUGCCCAGUGUGUGCCCCUGGGACCAAAGCACCACUCUCCUUGAUUCCAACUCACCCUCCUCCUUCUGCUGUACCCAGACACCAUCCACACAGGGGUCCUUCACCCCGCCCAGCACAGCCCCCUCCACUCAAGCUGUGAGAGGCCCACAGAGUGUCACCACAGCCCCCUCCCACACUGUGGGUCCCAUCUCAGGAGCUGCAUUGUCACACAGCAGUGUUGGGGAGGGGGCCACGGCCUCUGCUACCAUCUCUGCAUCAGAUCCAAGAAACUCCAGCCAUCCACCUAGGGCUGCAAGCACAGCCAGGACAGAGCACGAAGUACAUACUGCCGGGUUUAUCCUUGACCCUAACAUCUCAGCUGCCACUGCCCCACCGGCCAGCAAACAGGUUGGCCUCUUCCCUGCCUCCGGGAGCCCACUGAGCACACCCCAGCACGACUGGAAGACACAAGCCACCCCGCAGGCUCCCCACCCAAGCCCUUCCGAGGAUGAAAUUCCAAUCCUGCUUUUGGACGACUCAAGUGAGAGUGAGGAUGAGGAGGUCCGAGCGCCUCCCAAGGACGUCCCCUGUGAUUACCACCCCUGUAAGCACCUCCAGACCCCGUGCGCAGACCUGCAGAGGCGCUUGCGGUGCCGGUGCCCCGGGCUCAGCAGGGAAGACACUAUCCCAGACCCUCCCAGGCUGCAAGGGGUGUCAGAGACCACCGAUACAUCUGCGCUUGUCCGCUGGUGCGCCCCUAACUCGGUGGUGCGCGGCUACCAGAUCAGCUACUCUCCCGAGGGCUGGCCGGGCAACCAGUCGGUGGUUGGGGACAUCUACGUCACUGCCCGGCAGCACACCUUGUACCGGCUCUCCCCGGGCACCACGUACCGCGUGUGCGUCCAGGCGGCCAACAGCGCGGGGCUGAGCCAGCCGAAGGCCUCGGGCUGGAGGGAGCCGUGCGCCACCUUCACCACCAAGCCCAGCUUCGUGCUCAUCUUCGCGGGCUUGUGUGCCGCCAGCGGCCUGCUGCUCGUGUGCACCCUGCUGCUGACCCUGUGUCUCUGCAGGCGGGGCCGGAGGCCACACAGGCAAUGCUACGACACGCACCUGGUGGCCUACAAGAACCCAGCCUUUGACUACCCGCUGAAACUGCAGACCUUCAGUUAGCCCAGCUUCCCCUCCCCCUGUCGAACUGGAUAAUCACGGCCCUCUCGGCUCUGACAGUCUCUGACUCCCGAGAAGCCAAGCACUCCUCCAGCACACACUUUCCUUCCUUCUACUUCGCUGUGGCUGUUUCCAGAAACGUGGUGGCCCACGUGAGACCUCUCGUAUUGGAACGGGCCAUUCUUAUUUUUCAAUAGCCACCGGUGCUCCUCGGUGUACAGAACUGUGUGUGGAAGUAGGAAGAGAUAAAACAAAGUCUCUAAUCCAGCCUCUUAUACUACAUUAGUGACACACUCAAACCCUUUUAGGAAGUUGAGAGCAUUAUACUACGUGAAAUAAGUUCCGUCUGGUCAAGCUCCAGCAAGGCACAUGUUUGUUAGUAAAGGAAUGGACUCCGGUGGGUUCUCGACCUCAGAACUGGGUGUGAGGAAAAGCGAUGGUGGUUUCCGGAGGCCUUCCCGGUUUCUCAGUCACUUUUCCGGAUAUGGCAAAAAUGUGCUUCUAGCUUUAGAGUUGAAACAGCAGUCUUUUCACAUCUUUGCCCAUUUUUUAAUUGGCUUGUUUUUUGUUAUUGAGUUUUAACAAGUUCUUUAUAAAUUUUGGAUAUUAGCCCUUUAUCAGAUGUACCAUU